AUGGCAAUGGCAGAGCUUCCGAACGGAACCGGCAACCACAAUGGAAAACCCUCACCUAAACCUCUUGCACCCUCAAACAACCCAAUCGAUGAUGUUGAGACCCACGGCGAUCUGAGACUCAAUAACUCCGCAAAGAACCACGACAUGAACGGCGAAUUCGAAGGUCCUCAGAUCAACGGUGAUCAUAUUCACCUGAACGGAUCCGUUAGCGACCCAAAUGCGAAUCACCUGCAUGCUAGUCUUGAGGUCGACCGCGACAUUGAACCAUACCAUCACCCAGGUUCGGACCAUGUCAUCCGCUUGUCCGGGAUUGAACACUGUAUGCCUCGCUCCUAUAUUCGGAUCUGCCUGGCCUACCGCCUCCCGAGACAAGAGAUGCUCGGCGAUGUAGUGACAAGGUUGAAUCACUUUGUCAGAGAGACGGUCAACGCGAAGCCAUAUCUCAGUGGCUAUGUGGUGGCUGUGGAAAAUCCUGGCAAUCGGGUUGGUGCGGUCGAGAUUCGAUUCUCAGACACAGACUUUCUGGAAUAUCCAGAUGUUGGCGUUCGUCACUUGACGCGGGAAGAGGUCCCGUACACCUAUGACCAGCUCUGUGAAGAUGGCUUGCGCCCGAGCGUGAUUAAACCCGAGAUUGUGUCUGCAUUGGGAGAAUCCGCAGAUGAAGAUCGAGCACCGGCAUUCCGAGUCCAAGCAAACGUGGUUGAAGGAGGCAUCAUCGUGUCGGUGUACUUGCACCACUGCAUCUCGGACGGCAACGGUGCUGAGUGGCUCAUCUCGGGCAAUGUACUGAGAGACGACUUCGCCUUCAAGCGGGAUUUGGACGGCGGAGACCACGACAUCCCUAGUCUAUCCAUGAGACUCGAUACCUUCGCCCGGCACAAGAGUCAGGUCCGAAGCGAGUUGUCCUACUCUUCCGCUAACCAGAUCAAUGAUCGGCAUCUGAAAUACAAGACAGUGCAAGCGGCGGAGAACUCACAUCAUGUCAUCAAGCCCAUCGGGCGUGGCUGUGUCUUCGCAAUACCGCUGACCAAGCUCGCCGACCUGAAGCAGCGCCUCAUGACCCUUGCACGCGCCGAGCGCAUGAGCCGUAGCGACGUAUUGAUGACCCUCAUCUGGCAUGGUAUGACAAAAGCUCGGAUCCCUUCUCUAUCACAGAACCCAACAGUCACCACUUCCAAACUCAACAUUCCCGUCAACAUCCGGACGAGAAUAAAGAACAAGCUGCCGGAAUCAUAUUUCGGCGCUGCCGUGGACUUUGCGUCUGUGGAAGCGCCACUUUUUCAUUUUGCGGACAACGACGACGCUUCUAUGUGCGAGACCGCCUUGGCGAUCCGUAAAGCCAUCAACCAAGUGACGGAACCAUACAUCCGACAGUCAAUUGCCCUGGCGGAAAACCCCAAUCCAAAGAUCGAUGUCCGCGACCUGCAGGGCAGCAAUAUGGAUCGGACAGAUGGCGCCGACAUGUAUAUUACGAGCUGGGAGAAAUUGAAACUUUACGACGCCACGUUUGACAUGGGUCUCGGUCGACCAGAUUGGGUGCGCAAGCCGUGGAGUAGAGAUCCUGGCUCCUGCAUUGUUCUCCCUUUCGACGACCGCAAGGACUACCUUGAAGUCGUGAUUCAAAUGGCAGAAGCUGACAUGGGUCGGUUGUUGGAGGAUAAGGCCUUCAUGGGUUAUGUUGACAGAUGGAUAGAAUGA